ACAUUUGACACACUUGUGUGUGGAGAUCGAGUGGAGACAUGUUUGCUCACUUCCCCUCCACAGACCACAAACACAAAUCAUGAAUUAUCCAAAACCACAACUUUUCUGUUUGUCAUUUCACCACUUUUUAUUAGCCAAAAUCCACCUUUCUUAAACAAAGAACCACCACCAAAACCAUGCUAUUAAAUUUCUCUUCUUCCUCUUCUUUUCUCAGAUUUACCAACUCUGACAAAUCACCCAUUAUUGAUGCUUCUUUAAGACCCAAAAGCCAUUUCUCUGAACCUCUCUUUUCUCCACUUACCUCUUCAUUACCAUCCUCACACCUCAGUCUUCACUUUCACUCCAAGAAACACGUUUUUGGUAGAUACCCACUUGGCAAAAGGCUUGAUUUCAGGUCAUGGGCUGUUUCUGGGUUUGAUUUUAGCAACUUUGAAUCAGUUCUUGAGGCAGCUAGUGUGUUGACAGCUAUAAUUAUUGUUCAUGAAAGUGGUCACUUUCUUGCUGCUUACCUGCAGGGAAUUCAUGUAAGUAAAUUUGCUGUUGGGUUUGGUCCAAUUUUAGCUAAAUUUAACGCAAAGAAUGUAGAAUACUCUGUUAGAGCUUUUCCUUUAGGAGGGUUCGUUGGUUUUCCUGAUAAUGAUCCUGAGAGUGAUAUUCCACCGGACGAUAAGAAUUUACUGAAGAAUAGACCAAUAUUGGAUAGGGUAAUAGUGAUAUCAGCUGGUGUUAUUGCCAAUAUUAUAUUUGCAUAUGCAAUCAUCUUUGUUCAAGUAUUAUCAGUUGGUUUGCCUGUGCAAGAGGCCUUUCCUGGUGUGCUUGUGCCUGAAGUUCGAGCCUUUUCAGCUGCUUCUCGAGAUGGGUUGCUUCCUGGUGAUGUAAUUCUUGCUAUUAAUGGAAUUGAUUUGCCUAAAACUGGGCCAAGUUCUGUCUCUGAGGUUGUUGAUGUCAUUAAGAGAAAUCCCAAAAGAAAUGUGUUGCUUACAGUUGGUAGAGGAGCUCAGGCUCUUGAAAUUGGGGUAACUCCAGAUGAGAAUUUUGAUGGAACUGGUAAAAUUGGAGUUCAAUUAUCACCAAAUGUGAAGAUUACAAAGCUUGUAGCAAAGAAUGUUCUUGAAGCAAUUAAUUUUGCUGGAAAAGAAUUUGCAGGCCUGUCUUCAAAUGUUCUGGAUAGCCUGAAACAAACUUUUUUGAACUUUUCACAAUCAGCCAGCAAGGUUUCGGGUCCGGUUGCUAUUAUUGCUGUUGGGGCAGAAGUUGCAAGGUCAAAUAUUGAUGGACUCUACCAAUUUGCAGCUGUACUCAAUAUCAACCUUGCAGUGAUAAACCUUCUGCCUUUACCUGCUUUAGAUGGGGGUUCGCUAGCUUUGAUUCUUAUAGAAGCAGCUAGAGGCGGGAGAAAGCUUCCUUUAGAAAUCGAGCAGCGGAUUAUGUCAUCAGGCAUCAUGCUUGUUAUACUUCUUGGAUUGUUCCUUAUUGUUCGGGAUACGCUAAACCUUGACUUCAUCAGGGAUAUGUUGUGAUUACUUUCCAGGGGUUAUGAAGGUAAAGAAAGGAGUAGAGUGGAUAUGGGGUCUGUUUUAAAUGUUUGGUUCUGCCAAUGUCUCAUGGCGGUGAUGCUUAAAACAUUUGCUUCAUUCCUCCAAAUGAGUUAGAGGAGGUACUGAUAGCUUCUUGUGCGCAAUUGGUUGCUUGCACUGUUGAUCUUUCUUUCAGAUUCUGUUGAUCACAUAAUUCUCAAAUGAUAACGAAAAUCUUUAGAAUGUGUAGUGAACUUCUAGAGCUAGAAAUGUAUGAAGAUGUCUAUAACAGUUUUACAUUCUUUUUAUAAUUGAUCUUUGGCAAACUUAUCCGUGUUGAUGACCAUGUCUAUAUAGUAGUUGCCGUUAGCUUAAACAAUGUUCUGUUACUGCUCUGCUUAUUAUGGGGAUUAAACUCAUAAUUGUAUUCUUAAAGCAAGAAGCAUGUUUCCAA